CUCAGCCCCGCAGCGCAGCGCCGGGGGUCGGCACAGGGUCAUCAGGAUGGCUGCUACCUCCCAGUUUGCCAGUCGGUACAAAAAGGAUUUGAGUACAGAAGCUCUGAGGACAAAAGUGGCACGCAGGAAAUCUGUGCUUCAAAAGGAGAACAGGCACAAGCUGUUUGAGAAGGGCAGACAGUUUGGCUUGGCAGAUGUCAAUGUUCAGCUCCCAAAAGAGAGGGGAAUUUCUGGACUAAAUGAAAAAAGUGAAGCAUCUUCUCAAGAGAACAGCAGUGUGAAACAGAAACAACCUCCAAGUGCAGCCACCAAGAGGCUCAAUGAACGCAGGGAAAUGCUCCAGCGUUAUAAAGAAGAAAAGGAACUCAGGAAACUGAAGGAGCAGAGAGAGAAAGCAAAAAAGGGGGUGUUUAAAGUUGGGUUAUAUAAACCAACUGUGCCUGCAUUUCUUUCUUUUAUACCUGAAGAUCCAGUGAUAGUGAAGCCAAGAGAGAAGGCAGCUCCUGCUUUCUCUGGGAGGAUCACUCGAUCAAAGGCCAGGAGCCAAGAAGAAAAAAAUGUGAUACCAGCUACAUCUAAGCACUCUAUGGUCUCAGCCAAUGGGCAAAGUGGGCGCCCUACACAAGCAGGGCAUAAACAGACCAGCACAGCCAAAGUGGCUGAAAAAGAGAAAGUGUUGCAGGCUGCAGUCCAGACAACCUCAAAUGUCAGAAUCACCAGAGCAGCCUCCUCUGCAGCCAGGCAGGUGCUGAAAACAUCAACUGCUGCUGCAACUGCUGGUAACCAGCCACAGAGAAAGAAUGUAGGAAAGCAGAAGAAAGCAGUGAAACCUGACAUCCCAGAGGUAAUUCCUUCUAAACAUGAAGUGGAUAAAAAGACCCAACUCAGUUCAGCCACGAAAGGUUCUGCAACUGAUUCUAAAUGUUCAGCACCAGUAGAACUUCAACAGGAGCAAAGCUCACCAGAAAACAAAACCAAUUCAGCUCCAGGGAGAUCCAGGACCCUUUCUUUUGCACCUCAAAACUUUGUGUUUCAGCCACUGAGUGGAUUAGCAACCUACAAAGUUACACCCAUGACUCCUUCUAGGGCAAAUGCCUUUUUGACACCUAGUGCCUUCUGGGAUUUCUCAGCCUCUCCAGUUAAUAUAACUGAAAAAUCCAGUGAGACUAAGGCACAAGAGCCUGAUUUAAAAAGUCCAUUUUCACCUGCUGGUAAAGACAGCGAAGAACAGCAAAGCCCUACAAACUGGAAAGGAGAAGAAGCAAUUGAAUCAGAUGAAAAAGCUUCAGUUCAGAAACCAAAUGAAACAGCUCCUGUCUCUGGAGAGAUAACAGAGUUUGAUAUGAAGUCAGAUGAUGUAAGAGAGCAGGAGCAUGAUGUGGCCUAUUUCAGAAACAUCCUUCAGUCUGAGACAGACAGGCUGAUGUCUCAGUGCCUCCAGUGGGAUGGAAAAUUUGAACUGGACAUUCCAGAGGAUGCUCAAGAUCUCAUUCGCACCACAAUUGGCCAGACCAGGCUGCUCAUAGCAGAAAGGUUUAAACAGUUUGAAGGUCUGGUGGAUAACUGUGAAUUCCAGAGAGGUGAAAAACAAACAACGUGCACAGACUUGGAUGGAUUUUGGGAUAUGGUUAAUUUCCAGAUAGAAGAUGUGAAUAAAAAGUUUGAUAAUCUCAAGAAGCUUCAAGACAAUGACUGGCAGCCACUUGAUGUCCCAAGCAAAGCAAUUGUCAAGAAGAAGACUCUUCCAAAUGGAGUGUCUAAACCAAAGCUGGGAGCUGCUGGGAGAGCUGCUGCCCGAAACAGACUUGCUGCUGUAAAAGCAGCCAUGAGGGAUAAACUGAAGCAUGAUGAAGGUGCUGAUGGCACCCAGCAGGAGAAACCAGCAGAAGUUGAAAAAGUGGUUUUUGAAGCAGGAUUUUUCAGAAUUGAAAGUCCUGUGAAAACCUUUCCAGGCUUGGUUUCAAAGACACCUGGCAGAUCUUGUGAAAAACUGGCAACUCCCAGCUCAUCCAGCAGAGCUUUGCUUCAGAGCAUUCCUCCUGUUCUGUGCAACCCUGAGGAUACAACUGCAAAACAAACACCAGUGCUCAAAGGCUUCCACCCAGCACACCAUUUAAAAAUGCAACUAUUUCCCACUGGAAAAACUCCCCCACUGGAAAAGCUCCCUGAUGGUUUUCUUGAACAAAGCAUUUCUGUCUCUGCAGAAGAACCCUGUCCUGGCACAGCAGAGGGAACCAAGGUGCUGGAAAAUCCUAGCAGUGAAUUAAGGACUGGGAGGGAAGAGAUGGAACUAUCUGCUGCAGAGCAACAGGGACAAGAUGUUGUCAUGUGCAGUCCAGAGAAGGAAACCUGCACAGAGACCAACUCUGCUCAGUCUGCAGAACCAAAAAUACACCAAACAGAUGUUUCACACAGUGAUUUGACAUCCCUUGACAGCAACCCUUGUGAUGUGCCCAUGCUGGAUGCUGAGCUUCCCUUCACUCCAGUCAAGAGCAAAGCCCAGAAGUUUGCAGCAGCUGAAGCAUUCACAGACCUGAUUGUAUUUUCUCCCCUUUCUCCCUCUGGGAAAAAAUGAAAAGGGACUUGAAAUGCCAAAUGUAUAAAUUGUAUUAACCAAAAAAAAGAAAAACAAAAAUCAAAC